AUGUCUCAAGAAAGUGCAAGGGUUCAUGAAAACAGCGAACCAAAUGAAUCAGGCAGCGAAUGUGAGAGCGUAGUGUGCAAACGAAGCCGAAAUGCAAUUUCAGAAGUGUGGACUUAUUUUCAGCGCUCCAAGGAUAAAACGCGUGCAAAAUGUUUGUCUUGUGAAAAGGUAUACAAAACCAGCGGCAAUACCUCCAAUUUAUUGGACCAUUUAAAACGCACACAUCCUGGUUACAACAGAAUGUCGAAACCAAAUAAAAUAACUUCAUUUUUCAAUGCAUCAGAAACGUAUGACUCGCAUUCGGCUCAAGACGAGGCUUUUUCCGCUUUCGUCAAGUUACUAGAUCCGCGCUAUAUGAUGCCUAGCAGAACCAAGUUGCAGAAUGUAAUGUGCCACGAAUUAUAUGAUCAAUCAAAAGCAAAUCUUAAAAAUAUUCUUAUGAAAGUAGAUACUUGUGCUAUUUCUACGGAUGCCUGGACCUCUCGGGCAAACGAGAGUUACUUAACCGUAACCUGUCACUUCAUUGAAAAUUGUAGCUUAAGAAGCGCAGUAUUGUCUACCUACAAUCUUUUGGAGAGUACUAAUCAUUCGGCUGCCAAUAUUGCCGAGUCCUUGCGAAUUGUACUGACGGAGUGGGGCGUUUUAGAUAAAGUUUUGCAUGUUGUCACCGACAAUGCGUCAUCCAUGAUUAAAGCAUGCGAAUUGUUGCAAAAGCGACAUCUUCCGUGCUUUACUCACACAUUAAAUUUGGUUGUGCAAGAUGUGUUAGCUUUUGAAAAAGUCAAAAAUGUGAUAACGAAAUGCAAAAAGGUUGUGACUUACUUCAAAAGUAGCUCGAUCGCUUACGCCAAAUUUAAAAAUGCACAAGGAACAGGAAAAAACCCCAAAAGCACCCGGACUUUAUCUGCUGACGAAAUAGAGCUACUAGAAGAAUUAGUUGAAUUAUUGGCACUAUUUGAUGACGCGACCAUUCAAGUAUCUGCAAGUAACUCUGUCACAAUUUCGUUAAUCAUUCCUAUCAUAUGUAUUCUCUUUCAAACUCUAAAUGAAACGCACAAUAAACUAAAAACAAAUGAAGGGCUUGCCAUAUUCAACAUUUUGAUUGAACGUUUGCAAAUAAGGCUUGUCCCCUAUGAAAAUCGAACCACACCCAAAAUGAGUACAUUGCUUGACCCCCGGUUCAAAAAGGAAGAGUUCAGGAACCAUAUCAUUGCGGAACAGGCAGCUUUAGCUUUGGAAAAUGAGCUUUCUAAUAUGCUUAAAACUUUGAGUCCCGUGGUUACUGAUUUGCCGACACAUACGGUAACAUCACCAGAAUCGUCAACACAACAGCCGAAAAUUGCACCGCUCUUUAUGUUCUUAAAUGACAAGGUCGCUGGUAAACGUAAAUCCACAAGAGCUGAUGCCAUUAUAAUGCUUCGUCAAUAUUUCGAAAAUCAAAAUUUGCCACAUGAUUUUGAUCCAUUCGAAUAUUGGAAGACAAAUACUGAUAUGAAAGUCUUAACACAAUGUGCUCUACGCUAUUUGUGCACUCCAGCAACGUCAACAGAGCCUGAACGAGUUUUCAGCAAAUCUUAA